UUCAUGUAAAUAACCAGGGGAAUUUCAUAAUCCGCCGCUGCGUUUCGCCACGGAAUUUGGAUUACCAAGAUGGCAGUUCUGUCCACCAAAUAUUUCCGCAAGGCUUAUCUUCCAGACAUCAAUAACUAAUUCAGUGAUGCGCAUGCGAAUUCGAAUGCAUUCAUGCAGUGUGCAUGUCCUCUCUAUAGCUCUCGAUCUCACGUGGAUAUCACACAAAAGUAUAGUACGCACAACACAGGGCCAGAUUACGUACGAGCGGACAAGUCGAGAUGGCAGGCACCGGUGAUUCUUCGAAAAUAAAUGUGAUUCCUGACAUAAAAAUAGACAAACCAGUGAUAAGUGAGGUAGACAGAGAGAAAGCAGAGGCACUCAAAGACAAGGCUAAUACAUAUUUUAAAGCUCAAGAUUUUCAACAAGCGAUCACUUAUUACUCUGAGGCAUUAGAGAUCAACCCUACAGUAGCUGCUUUCCAUGGUAAUAGGAGUUUUGCUUACCUCAAGACAGAAUGCUUUGGAUCAGCGUUAGAAGAUGCAAGCAAGGCCUUGGAACUAGACAAGUCAUAUAUCAAGGGAUACUACAGGAGGGCUACAGCUAACAUGGCUUUAGGCAAGAUCAAGAUAGCACUCAAGGACUAUGAAAUGGUGGUUAAGUACAGACCGAAUGAUAAGGAUGCUAAAACCAAGUAUACAGAGUGCAGUAAACUGGUCAAGCAACAGGCCUUUGAGAGGGCAAUCAGAGGGCAUACUGAGGAGAAGAAGUCUGUCAUAGAUACUAUCAAUCUAGAAAACAUGAUCAUUGAAGGUGAUUAUGAAGGACCAGCUCUAGAAAAUGACAAAGUAACCAAAGAUUUCAUGGUGAAACUCUUACAACACUUCAAAGAUGAGAAGGCUCUUCACAGAAAGUUUGCUUAUACGAUGUUAGUACAAAUCCUGGCCAUGUUUAAGAAGUUACCUAGCUUAUGUGAUAUCACUAUACCAGAAGGCAAGAAGUUCACAAUAUGUGGAGACAUCCAUGGACAGUUCUAUGAUCUACUCAAUAUAUUUGAGAUCAAUGGCUUACCAUCAGAAGAUAAUCCAUAUCUAUUCAAUGGUGACUUUGUAGACAGGGGGUCCUUCUCAGUAGAAGUUAUUCUCACAUUAUUUGGUUUCAAGCUGCUCUACCCAGAUCACUUUCAUUUAUCAAGAGGUAACCAUGAGAGUGACACAAUGAAUCAGAUGUAUGGUUUCUAUGGUGAAGUGAGAUCAAAGUACACCAAUCAAAUGGCUGAUCUCUUUCAAGAAGUCUAUAAUUGGCUACCUCUAGCACAGCUCAUCAAUAAAAAAGUCAUGGUAAUGCAUGGAGGGCUAUUCAGUCAAGAUAAUGUAACGAUAGAUGACCUGAGAAUUAUUGAUAGGAAUAGACAACCUCCUGAAUCAGGUUUGAUGUGUGAAUUACUGUGGUCAGACCCUCAGCCUAGACCAGGUAGGUCUCCUAGUAAGAGAGGUGUUGGGAUCCAGUUUGGACCAGAUGUCACCAAGAAGUUCCUGGAACAUAACAACCUAGAGUACAUCGUCAGGAGUCAUGAAGUCAAGAAUGAGGGCUAUGAAGUCACCCAUGAUGGGAAGUGCAUUACAGUGUUUUCAGCUCCUAACUACUGCGAUCAAAUUGGCAACAAGGGGGCUUUCAUCAAUCUAGGCGCAGACCUCAAACCAAACUUCAAGACUUAUGAAGCAGUGCCUCAUCCUAACGUGAGACCGAUGGCCUAUGCAAAUUCUAUGUUUGGCUUCAUGUGAUGAUAAAUUGACUCCUAGUCAAAGACAGUGUGUGUGUGUGGAUUCUUAUAGUAGCACAGAGAUAACCCUGCCAGCUGAACCCUGUCAACAUAUACCGUUAACCUGAAGUUAUUGGAUUCCCUGCAAGGCCUGCAUCAUAUGGAUGAAGGAUGCUUCACAAACAAAAACAUUAUAGAUGCUCCCAUCAUCAUUUGUCCAAUGUCAGCAACAUUUCCUCUUAAUGUUAGAUUACCAAAAUUAGAUUCAAUGGAUCAUACAGAAUAUUACACCCUUAGUGCCAAUACCAAGCAUGGAGGAUUUCAGGAGAAACCCCCAAUGGAAAAUUGUCCCUAACAAGUAACUUGUAAUGGGUAAUAAAUAUAUCAGUGCAUACUUUCAAGCUGCAAAAUUGAUGUAGUCCUCUUAAACCACCCACUUGGAUGUAGUCUGACCAGAAGGUCAGCAGUAGCUCAUCACUGUAGGUUAAGUAAUGAAUUUAUAUCCUCCGGUAUGUAAUGAAGAUUUCACGAUAGUCAAGAUAGGGUGUAAAGAGAAGAUUGUUAAAAACUUAAUAUCAACUUUUAAUCAGACGGGCCCAGAGCUAUCGAACUACAGAAACAAAGAAAUUGGGCCAGUCAAAUUAUCAUUUUGUAAUGAAACUUUGUUAUAAUGGUGUUCUUGGUAAUGAAAUUCCACUAUACUUCACAAUGCGACAUUAAUGUGAGUUGUUAUCAGCUAGAAUGUAGAUUUGUAAAUGGUGUGAAAUAGAGUCCAUCAUAGGUUCAACAGUGCUCGUCACUUAAUAUAGGGGCUCGGUAUACAGAUCGUCAUAUUCUCAAAAUGUAAACACCAGCCAGAUAUUCGCAGUCCAAAGUAAUUUCACUUUCACAAGAAAGGAUAAUCAUUCUACAGAGUUGAAUUGUCCUGGGGUGAUUGCCUCGCAGAUUACUUCUCAUACAUUAUUUGUUUUCUGUAAUAAGACAAUUAGGCAAUUACUUAAGAUGUAAUGAAACAUGAUAAGUGAGUAAAACAAUGCGGCCAACACACAAUUUGCUCCUCCUGUUACUUGUGUGGGAGAAUUGGAAUCUAUUGGCUUGAUAUCCUCCUAUAAUCAAUCACAUUGGAAUUAUAUUAAUCACAGUCUCUUUUUCAAAACAAGUCAGUCCCCUCCUGUACUAAUCAGUGAACACUGGAGCAGCAUUUCCCUGUUUUUAGACUGGUACUCCUGUAUAAUAUAGUUCAACCAAGGUUUAUGUUAAAACAGGCCAAGUCCUCCAUAUUGGUACAGUACUUGUAUACAUGGCAUUUAACUCCCUAUUAAUUAAUGAUGUACCUUAUUUACCCUUAUUUCAGAGCUUUCCCUGUACUUGUAAUAGAAUGUUCUGUCAUGCAGUGUUAAAGUAGUCCAUCAUCAGGGAUAUAGAUAUGAUUCAGCAACCCUCUAUUUUUGCAAGUUAUUUUUUACAAGAUGUUUUGGCCUUGCUCUAUGCUAGAACUAGUAUGCCUCUUUACUUUGGCAUUUCUAGAUCAUGCUGUUUGCUUGGAUAUUACAAGCAUUCCAAAUCCAAUCCAUUUAACUUCUUUAACUGUCUGCAGGGAAAUUGGUAAGAACUUGAGUGAAAUACUGGAAAUCCUGAUUUUACCUGACCACAAAAUAGUUUCUUUCUACAUGCUUUUGAGCAUUCAAAACAUGGAAGCAAAUUGUAAACAAUGGAAUACAUGUAUAAAAGAUUAGAAGCUCAAUAUAAAUAAUCCUACUUCAUCAUAAUCUUUUAUUACACAUGCAGAUAUCGUUGAGGAGAUACUGCCCCAUUAUGAUGUCUUGUUUAUAUUCAUUUUUUGUUUUGCAAUCUCUUCAUAAUAGGUCAUUGGACUUUUGAUGUACAUUGUAUUUGCCUGGUUAAUCUUUAACCAACUACGAGCUCAUUCCUCAUAAUGUAAACAAUAUAUUUUUGACAUCAUAUGUAUCUAAGAGAUGACAAAAACUGACGCGAUGUGAUUUAUGCUAUAGAUGUUAUGUAUUUCAUGUUUUUUUAAAGUGAGGAAGAGACAGAGAAUGAGAAAGUUUUAUGUGUAUGUGAGUGUGCGAUUUUAUUGUAUUUAUGUGAAAUGAAACUAAGCUGCAUUUCUCUUGGCCUAAAGCUGGAUACUUUUGAGUGGAAAGUGAAUUUAAUGUAAAUCCUGAAAAACAAACUAGUGAAUAAUUGAUAAUGCUCAAGAGUGCUAGAGCUUUUAUUGAAUGUUUUAUAACAAAUAUUUUUGUUACAGAUUAUGUUAUAUUUUGAAUGUGUUUGACUGUCGGAUAAUAUAAAAGUAAAAUGGUGUUGUUGAACAAAACCAUUGUAGUAAUGAAAAUGUCCUUCAUUCAAAUAAUCAAUCAAAAUCUCCCUAAAGUUACAGUGCAAGUUUCAGAUGAAAACACGCUAUCAGCUGUUGUAAAAUUUGAUCUACAUUUCGUUCCUGUCUUCACAAAGUGACGGUAGUGAGGAAAAUCUGCACGCAAAUUGAAUGCGAUUUUCAUUCACUACCGUCACUUCGUGAAAAUAGGGACGAUUUAAUCAAUGAAGUCAAGCACAAAGCACCCUGAAAAAUAUUGACCCCAAAACAGUCAAAAUAUUUGUUAUCUUAGAAAUUGUCUUUUUUUUUUAAUGACAGCUACAUGGGCAAGAUUGUUAAAUAAUUAGCAAAAUAAGAUGACAUUGAAACUGAUGAUAAUAUUUCAAGUAGCAUGUUAACAGUGUAAUUAUCAUGUAAGAAAUCUGCCGUGAAGCACCAUCAUCAAUGGUGAUUGAAAAGGCAUAUUAAUCUUGAUUUAUUAUUGCAUCUUUCUGAAGCGUUAUUAGUUGCAGAUAGGUUGGGUUUUUCUUUUUAAUAAGGAUGUCCAGAUAACCAGGAAAUUGAAUUUUAUUAAAUGAUACUGCGAAGUGAGAGCAUGAGUCAAUUAUCAGGCACAUUCUGAGUCUUUCAAACAACAAAGUUUGUUUGUCCAUUACACUGAUUUCAAAGGAAGAAUAGAUGUAUUAGCAUAUUGAUCUCAAUACCCUCCUCAAUGGAUGAUAGCAGUAGCACACAAGAACAUCACAUUCAGGUUUAUUUCAUUGAUAUUAAUAUACCAGGGCACAUAUUGAAAGAUAUUAUAUAAGUUUUAGGUUCUUCAUUUCAACCCUUUUGUUGUGUUUAAAACCACUUAUUUAGUCAUGUAGAUACGACAGAAACCUUCAAAGUUUAAUAUGGAAAGAUUUCAUUAUCCAUGUUUUUCAUGUAUCUUGUCCUUCAUCAUAAUAAGUGUUGUGAAAAAAUCAAGCCCCUAAAAAUAAGUAAAUUGUCUUUUCUGCAUUGCAUGGUACGAUGUUUAAAUUGACAGUUCAGCCUAUAAAUUUUUACGAGAGUAGCAACCCUUGUUUUUACUUCCAAAUAAAAAGGCGGUAUGAUCUUUAUGAUACUGAUACAAUGUAUUGGUGGAAAAUGUCUGAUUAUGAAACACAAAAAGAGGUGGCCAUUUAAGACGAAUUUGUACAGUUUGAAAAAUAAAUUCAUAAUUUCUUUAUUUCAAA